CGGUAGCUAACAGCUAAUCGAGGCUUUAAAAGUUGUCCGGAUGUGACGUCAUCAGACGCUUGUUUGUGCCCGGCGGUGGGCGUGGCUUGACAGUAAUGUAAACAGCUACCCGUUCAGCAGCAGACAGAGGAGCAGCUUCUGGACCCGUUACCGGUAAGAUGUGAAUCAGAAAACCGACUGUUGGCCCCGGUGUGAUGGAGGAGACUCACUGGACGCUCUGCUGACAGGAAGUCUUUGUCCUGCUGACGGACUCAAAGGACGGAGGACUUCCUGUGUAGGAGAGGAGCCUUCAUGUCUAUUUUUAGAACUAUUAAAUUCAUGACAAAGGACUCGACUUGAGCGAGAAGCUGUAAGUGGUGUUCGGUGUCAGAACGCAUCAGCAGACAGAAAAGUGUGUUUACAUAAAACAGGAGAUUUCUGUGAGGAUCCUGUGGCGGCCAUGUUGGCGCCUCAACUGCUGCCUCCGUCCUCCGUAACCUCUCCUCCGUCUGAGAUCAACGUUUAGUUUGUGAUCUUCUGAAGAGGAGGGCCUCGCUUUCGUGAUUCAUUUUUUGUUCUCAGAAGUUUUCUCUCCUCGUCUCUAACUGUCCGCUGGUCAUGGCCGAGUCCAGCUCUGACCUGCUGAUCGAUCUCAGCAAACAAACAACACCUCUACCUGCAGAAAGCAUCUCCAAAGAACUGAUUGUUACCAUGACAACAGAGAGGCCCGGAGACCUCACAGCCGAUGUCCCGAGCAGCAACGGAGCUGCCGACAGUCCUCUUCCCACUAAAGUCCAGCAGCAAGAAGAGGAGGAGGCCACGCCCACGCCGCCAGAGACCUCAUCAUCACUGUCGUCCGGAAAUGGGACAGUGACCGCCAUUACCACAGAAGAAGAAUCUCUGUCAACGCUGCUCAGACACAUCCAGAGUGUAGGAGGAGCAGACAGAAAAGGAGAGCCAGGUCUGGAUCUGGACCUGGAGGAAGGCUCUUCUGUGGCAACAGCGGGCGGCUCAGACGAACAGCGGGAGUCCACAGACUCCGCCUCCUUCUCCAUCCCCAGCCUGUCUGACGGCGUGACAGCUGCAGGAAACUCCCUGGAGGUGGAGGACGGCUGCUCCUCGUCGUACUCUGCUCUGGGAGUGGAGGGCCGUUCGCCGUCCACCGAAAUCCCGAGUCUGAAGGAUGAGGAGGCGCAGGAGGCCACAGUUGCCCUCCUGCCCACAGAGGGCGCUGCUGCUGCUGCUGUGUCAGAGUCCGGGCCGUCCAUGCCGGCGUAUUACCUGGUGAAGUGGAUCACCUGGAAAGAGAAGAAGACUCCCAUCAUCACGCAGAGCGAGAACGGACCCUGCCCCCUGCUGGCCAUCAUGAACACACUCUUCCUGCGCUGGAAGGCGAAACUUCCUGCUCAGACUGAAGUGGUGACCACGGAGGACCUGAUGGCUCACCUGGGAGAGUGUGUGUUGUCUGUUACACCCAGAGAGAAGGCUGAAGGGAUGGAGCUCAACUUCCAGCAGAACAUGAGUGAUGCCAUGGCGGUGCUCCCGAAGCUCUCCACAGGUCUGGAUGUGAAUGUUCGAUUCACAGGUGUGACGGACUUUGAGUACACACCUGAGUGUAUCGUGUUCGACCUGCUGAACAUCGCGCUGUACCACGGCUGGCUGGUCGACCCCCAGAGUCCAGAGAUGGUGGCCUCUGUGGGUAAACUGAGCUACAACCAGCUGGUGGAGAAAAUCAUCGACUACAAACACUCUCCAGACAGCUGCAGAGUCAGUGAAGGUAACACACACACAGACACAGACACACACACACAGACACAGACACACACACACAGACACACAGACACAGACACACACACACACACACAGACACACACACACACACACACACACAGACACAGACACACACACACACAGACACACACACACAGACACAGACACACACAGACACACAGACACACAGACACACACACAGACACACAGACACAGACACACACACAGACACAGACACACACAGACACACAGACACAGACACACACACACACACACACACACACACACACACACACACACACACA